GGUCAGAUCGUCGUGGCAUCAUGUCGACACGAGUCUUGUUUCCUGAGUUUACCCCAUUGUCAUCGGCAUUGGGACGGUAAAAUGACGGCAAAUCGGAAAGAGAGAGAGGAGAGAUUUUUCCGGAAGGCAAGCAGACGGUGAGGCUGUAACAUUGCAGGUCGCUCCGAUGGCUUCCGGUGGCGAAUCGGGGGGAGGGACGACCCUUAUGGAUCUGAUCACCGCCGACCCGUCUGCCAUGGCCCAGUCCUCCGCUGCACCGCCGCCCUCUACCACCCUGGGCAAGCCUUCCCAUCCCCCACCGCAGCAGCAGCAGCCUGCAUCGGGAACCGAGAAGAAAUCCAAGAAGAGCACGUUUAUGCAGAUCCAGACCGACACCAUCUCCGUGGCCAAGGCGCUGAACCCCGUUCGCGCUAACAUCAUUCCUCAAAAGCAGAAGAAAAAGCCUGUCUCGUACUCGCAGCUUGCGAGGAGCAUCCAUGAACUCGCUGCUACAUCUGAUCAGAAAAAUUCUCAAAGACAAUUAGUUCAUCAUGUAUUCCCGAAGCUUGCAGUGUACAACUCUGUUGAUCCUUCCUUGGCACCUUCACUGAUCAUGCUUCACCAACAAUGUGAGGACAGAAAUGUCCUGCGUUAUGUCUAUUAUUAUUUGGCUAGAAUUCUAUCAGAUAGUGGUGCUCAAGGAUUAAGUCCUGGUGGUGGAAUCCCUACACCAAACUGGGAUGUACUGGCUGAUAUAGAUGCUGUUGGCGGGGUAACCAGAGCUGAUGUUGUGCCUCGAAUAGUUGAACGGCUUACUUCUGAGGCUUUAAAUGCUGAUACUGAAGUACAUGCUCGAAGGCUUGCAGCUUUGAAAGCUCUUACAUUUGCUCCAGCUAGUAACUCAGAGGUUUUGGGAAGGCUAUAUGAAAUUGUAUUUGAUAUUUUGGACAAGGUUGCUGAUUCUGGUAAGCAAAAACGAAAGAAAGGAAUGUUUGGGAGGCAAGGGGCAGACAAAGAGUAUGUAAUUCGAAGUAAUUUGCAAUAUGCUGCUCUUAGUGCACUAAGAAGGCUUCCCCUUGAUCCUGGAAAUCCUGCAUUUCUACAUCGAGCUAUUCAAGGGGUAUCAUUUGCUGACCCUGUUGCUGUAAGGCAUGCUCUCGGGAUUAUAUCAGAUUUGGCAAGAAUGGAUCCAUAUUCAGUGGCAAUUGCAUUAGAAAAACUUCUUGGGUCAGGAGGUGGCUUGCAGGAGGUGCUUCAUUUACAUGAUGUUCUUGCUAGAGUCUGUCUUGCUAGAUUAUGCCAUACAUUAUCUAGAGCACAUGCAUUAGAUGAAAGACCAGAUCUUAAAUCUCAGUUUACUGCGGUGCUAUAUCAACUGCUCCUGGAUCCUAGUGAAAGGGUUUGUUUUGAGGCAAUAUACUGUGUCUUGGGUAAAGUUGACAAUGCAGAAAGAACUGAAGAGCGAGCUGCUGGAUGGAUUCGGUUAACAAGAGAAAUUCUCAAGUUGCCAGAGGCUCCUUCUUUAGCAUCAGGUAAAGGUGAUUCUCAAGCAAAAGAAAACAAUGCUCAAAUCAAGGAUGGCAUUCCAUCCAAGGCCCCAAACGAUCGUGCUGCUUCAAAAUCUAGGCAUCCACAACCGCUUAUUAAACUUGUUAAGCGAAGAUUGGAGGCUGCAUUUCGAAGCUUUUCAAGGCCUGUGCUUCAUGCUGCUGCAAGAGUGGUUCUCGAGAUGGGAAAAAGUAGAGCUGCUGCAUUCUCGUUAGGUUACUCAGACAUUGAAGAAGGAAGGCGUCUUCAAGGAUCUGUAGAAAGUGCCGAUGACUCAAAUGAGAAUGAUCACAAUGAAAGUCAUCAUGCUGAAGGACCUCGAUCGAGGGUUUCUUAUGGGACAGGGAGAGGAGAGACAAUUGCAAGUUUAUUAGCAUCCUUGAUGGAGAUUGUUCGGACUACUGUGGCAUGUGAAUGUGUUUAUGUCCGUGCUAUGGUAAUAAAAGCUUUGAUUUGGAUGCAAAGUCCAGAUGAAUCUGUUGAAGAGCUUGAAGCCAUCAUUGCAAGUGAGCUUUCAGAUCCAGUGUGGCCAUCAGCACUAUUGAAUGAUGUCUUGCUCACAUUACAUGCUAGGUUUAAGGCUAGUCCUGACAUGGCAGUCACCCUUCUAGAAAUUGCAAGGAUAUUUGCAACUAAGGUUCCUGGAAAGAUUGACUCUGAUGUACUACAACUUCUAUGGAAGACAUGCCUUGUUGGGGCUGGUCCAAGUGGAAAGCAUACAGCUCUGGAAGCAGUUACCAUAGUUCUUGAUUUACCACCACCUCAGCCUGGUUCAAUGGCUGGAAUUACAUCUGUAGACAAGGUUUCUGCAUCUGAUCCGAAGUCUGCUUUGGCUUUGCAGAGACUAGUGCAGGCUGCGGUGUGGUUCCUUGGUGAGAAUGCAAACUAUGCUGCAUCAGAAUAUGCAUGGGAGUCGGCAACUCCUCCUGGUACAGCAUUAAUGAUGUUAGAUGCAGACAAAAUGGUGGCUGCUGCCAGUUCUCGUAAUCCCACGCUUGCUGGAGCAUUAACACGUCUUCAACGGUGUGCAUUUAGUGGGAGCUGGGAGGUUCGCAUAGUUGCAGUGCAAGCUUUGACUACUAUGGCAAUCAGGUCGGGGGAACCAUUUAGGCUUCAGAUUUAUGAAUUUUUGCAUGCUUUAGCACAAGGAGGAGUUCAAGCUCAAUUUUCAGACAUGCAACUUAGUAAUGGAGAAGAUCAAGGUGCUAGUGGUACUGGACUUGGGUCUCUGAUUAGUCCCAUGUUAAAAGUUCUUGAUGAAAUGUACAAAGCACAGGAUGAUCUAAUCAGGGAUAUGCGUAACCAUGAUAACAGCAAAAAAGAGUGGACAGACGAGGAGCUUAAAAAGCUCUAUGAGACACAUGAAAGGCUUCUUGAUUUGGUAUCCUUAUUUUGUUACGUCCCUAGGGCGAAGUACCUACCUUUGGGACCCACCAGUGCAAAGCUCAUUGAUAUCUACCGCAAUCGGCACCAUAUUGAUGCAUCUACUGGACUAAAUGAUCCAGCUGUUGCUACUGGCAUUUCAGACCUUGUUUAUGAAUCCAAAGUGAAGCAACCAAAACAGGAAUCAGGUGAUGCUGACUUUGUUAAUAUUUGGGCAACCAAUAUGGAAGAUGGCGAGUGGGGAAGCAGUGCACCGGCAAUAAAUCGGGUAAACGAAUUCCUUACUGGUGCGGGUACUGAUGCCCCAGAAGUGGAUGAGGAGAUUGCUAUUUCAAGACCUUCCAUUAGUUAUGAUGAUAUGUGGGCCAAGACACUUCUAGAAACCUCAGAAGCAGAGGAAGAUGAUGCCAGAUCAUCUGGGGCAUCUUCUCCUGAAUCUACUGGCUCAAUUGAAAGUUCAAUAUCAUCCCAUUUUGGUGGGAUGCGUUACCCAUCUUUGUUCAGUUCACAUCCAUCAUCUUAUAACAAAUCGGAUGAUCACUAUGGGCCAACAACUAUGAGCAGGCUAAGCAAUACUUCUUAUGGUGGUCCAUCAUCUUCACUGGAUGGGCUGGGAUCUCCUGUGAGGGAAGAGCCUCCAUCAUAUGGAUCAUCUGUCAUGCAAAAACACGAGUCAUUUGAGAAUCCAGUACGAGGAAACGAGAAUCAGAGCUUCAGUGAGCAAGAUGGGGCAGCUGAAAAUCCACAGUUUGGCAAAGCAUUGUACGAUUUCACAGCAGGAGGUGAUGAUGAGUUAAAUUUGACGACUGGAGAGGAGGUUGAAAUUGAUUAUGAAGUGGAUGGAUGGUACUAUGUUAGGAAAAAACGGCCAGGAAGGGAUGGUAAGAUGGCUGGACUUGUCCCUGUGCUGUACGUGAGUUCAUCUUAGUGCUUCCUGUACUGCAUAGCAGGCUUUGUCUUUUCUUUGUCCCAGUUUUGCUUUCUUCUUUCUUGUGCUAUUAUAUUUUGUUUUCUGUUUUUCUUGUUGUUGUAAUGGCUUAUUCAUUCUUUGAGAAACUUUCGCAACACUCCAUUAUAUAUAUAUAUACCGCAUCAUUUUCCUGA